GUGCUCAGCGGCAACAUCAUGCACCCGUUGCAUCGACGUCGCAGAAGCAAUACGGCAACUAUACCGGCAUAGCACACAGUGCUACAGUGUGCAACAUGCAAUAACAAGAAAAGGCCCGUGUUGCAUGUUCAAUUGAUUUGUCAGCCCUGCACGGCAAAACCGUCGAUUUCAUAUUCAUAUCCAGUGUAGAAGUUUUACAGGUGAGCCAUACGAAAUAGAUCUAGUGGGUAUUUGCACAGUGCUCGGUUAUGACCAAGGGGGUGUCAUUCGUGGGAAAGUUGUGCUGUUUGCCAUUUGCUCCAAUUAUUAAUUGUAAAUGAUGAUCAGCGUUUAAUUCGUUCUUCUUUCGGAUUCUGUAUCGAUUCGGGAGCAUCGUGUGUGCAUUCUCAGGGAUCGCGGACCACGAUCAUGAUCAUUCAUCGAUCGCGAAGGUUCUUUCUGUAAUCUCUGGCAUAUCUGUUUUCGAUGAAUCCGUUUCAGCUUUAGUUAACGACAGAGUUUGGAAUUUAAUCUUGAUCAGUGCGAGCUAAUUCGGAACCAACUGGCAUCUGGAUUAAUUGUUUGAUUUCUUGUUGUGUCAUUAGCUCGGAAUUUCGACGGUUUUCGUGGAUUGUAUCUCUGGAAUAUUUUGUGCUCUGAUUUGUCCGUUUGACUCCAUUUUGUCUUUUUCGGCUGACAUCAGAACCAGAGAGGACGCAACUUUGCCUGUGCAUACAUUGGGCUGCUCUUUGCGAACAUGGGUGCUCGUGUGUCCCGUGGCGAUUACGAAUGGGUGUACACGGAUGAACCUCACGCCACCAGACGCAAGGAGAUUCUCAGUAAAUAUCCGCAGAUUAAGAAGUUGAUGGGACCUGAUCGGAAUUUGAAAUAUAUUGUAGUAGCAAUGGUGUUGCUGCAGCUAAUAACAUGCUGGAUGAUUAGCGUCAGUGAUUGUUCUUGGAGCACCAUCUUCAUAUUGGGCUACUGCUUCGGCGGGGUGAUCAACCAUGCAAUGACACUUGCUAUCCACGAAAUUGCUCACAACCUCGCAUUUGGACAUGGCCGACCGGGUUUGAACCGAGCUUUCGGCAUGUUUGCCAAUUUGCCCAUCGGUGUACCCAUGUCCAUAUCCUUUAAAAAGUACCACUUGGAACACCAUCGCUACCAAGGCGAUGAAAUUCUGGAUACAGACAUACCCUGUCUGGCGGAAGCCACGAUUUUUUGCAAUACUCUUGCCAAAGUGUUCUGGGUUAUACUGCAGCCGUUUUUUUAUUCGCUUCGCCCGUUUUUCGUCAACUACAAGACGCCGACACGGCUUGAACACAUAAAUCUGGUCGUGCAAGUCUCAUUUGAUGUGGCUUUGUACUAUUAUCUUGGAGCGAAACCGCUGGUCUACCUUAUUGCUGGCACUUUGUUAGCAAUGGGUCUACAUCCGGUUGCGGGGCAUUUCAUUUCAGAGCACUACAUGUUUUUGAAAGGCCAUGAAACAUACUCAUAUUAUGGUCCGCUGAACUGGGUGACCUUCAAUGUUGGAUAUCAUAUGGAGCAUCAUGACUUCCCGUACAUAGCGGGUUCUAAGUUAGAGCAGGUGAGACAAAUUGCACCGGAAUACUAUGACACACUGCCACAGUAUCAUUCCUGGAGUAAAGUGAUAUACGACUUUAUCAUGGAUCCGGAUAUUGGUCCGUACGCUCGUGUCCGUCGUAAGAAUACCAUCGGUGGGGAUGGUAAUGUGGACGCCGUUCCCGAAUCCUUGACUGCACCAAAGAACCUUGUAAACGGAUGCGCUAAAAAUGGACAUGCGACGGGUAAUGGACACUGCAAAGAGUUGAAUGGUAUUCUGGGGGCGCAGCGCAAAGUAGUCAACGGAAACGUUGCUCACCAAGACAGUCCUGUAAAGAAGAACACAGAGGUGAACGGCUCAUUAAAGACUAGCUGCCUUAAUGGAUCGCUAAUGUCAUUUGCUCCUGUUUCCGGAAGUAAUGGAGAUCAUUAGCGCUCACGCCUCGGUUUCUCAAGUUCCUGCUUAUCACUCUCAGUCUGAUUACGUGUGAUAUCUCGAGAAUAUCAGUAACUGCCCGUAAUGGAAGACUACUGUUGGAUCUCGAUAAUUUAAGAAAAUGGGUAAUUAAGGGCGUGUGUGUGUUUUGCGUUUUGAGUGCUCAUUACUUGUUGUUACUCAAUUAAGUUUUGCUUCACUUUAGACUUAUGGUUCCUACGUUAUUAUUAAAACUAUCUUAAUUUGCCGAUUGAAAGUUAUU